ACCAGGGUCCUCCGGCCUUAAUGCAUCCAGAAACUAAAUCUGGCGCCUGGACACGUCAUAUUCUAACGAAUCAGGGACUGAGGGCAGGACUAUCGACAUUCAAAAACACCGACUCGCAAUGCAAGACAAGACACCUAUUUGUCGUUUCCAAUUCAAUUACAAUGUUAUCGACUCUUGGGAGAGCAUCGUCCACCGACUCAUCCCACAUCCUAGAUCAGAGUGCAGCUGGCUGCAAAUACCUCGAACUCGAGGACGCUUCACGUCGCAAAGACACUUACAAUAUUGUCAUUUAUGGACAAUCAGGCGCUGGUAAAAGUUCCUUGAUCAACUUGAUUACCAAGAAGCAGGUGGCGCGGACGUCCCCCGACGCCGAGGGAUGUACAAGGCAAACCACCGUGUACGGGUAUGAUGUCGUGACUGAGAACAGGACCUUAAAGGUACAACUGUUCGACACGGCCGGUCUUGACGAGGGCGCUCAGGGAACGGUCCCCAAUCCGCAAGCUGAGCAUGCUUUGAAGAGACUCUUUCAAACUCAUAUGAAAAUACAUAUCAUUGUGUACUGUGUACAGGGCGUAAAGAAUGCCCCGGCGCUCCGGCGCAACUACGACUUAUUGUCCCGAUUCAAGCGAAAUGUUCCCGUCGUCCUUGUCGUUACAGGACUGGAAGACCGAGAACCGGAAAUGGAAGAGUGGUGGAAGAGAAACCAGGCAUCUAUCUCAUACUCCGGGAUGGACUUUGCUGGCCAUGCGUGUAUUACCGCGUUGACCAUCAAUGCAUGUGAUACAGAUAAGGUCAGGCAGCGCCGCGAACAGUCAUACCAUGCCGUCUGUAACCUUAUCGAACAGAAUUGCCCGAUAAAGAAUAUCGUACUCUUUGGAGCGAGCGGAGCUGGCAAAAGCUCAGUCGUAAACCUUAUGGCAGGAGAGAAUGUAGCAGAGACAUCUCCUAGCAUGGAAAGAUGCACGCUCCGUUGGAAAGAAUAUUUCAUCGACUUCGAUGGAGAGUCUUAUAAGGUAUUCGAUACCGUUGGACUCGAAGAACCGGACCUUGGAAUCAAAGACUACCUCAUGUCCGUCGAAAACGCCUACCACCUGGUCAAGGAAUUGCACAAGCAAGGCGGUAUUGAUCUGCUUCUGUUCUGCAUUCGCGCCGGCAGAGUGACUGCUACUCUUUCGAGCAAUUACCGGCUUUUUUACGAAUUCCUCUGCGAGAAGAAGGUUCCCAUUGUCCUUGCGAUCACAAACCUCGAAAGAGAGCAGAGGAUGGAGGAUUGGUGGGAGCGAGAACAUCAUAUCUUCGCACGAUACCAAAUCCACGUUGCCGGUCAUGCGUGCAUCACUGCUGCUGAUGGACUACAAGCUGGCACACAGAUGGCAGUCCGCUAUGAAGAAUCACGCGUCGCGAUCCGCCAACUUGUCAAGAAACAUGUCGCUGACGGACAGCUGCAAGCAUGGAUGGGAGGGGAUAACCUGUUCGUAUCGCUCAUGCGCAGGCUGAAGGAGCUACUUAGAGGGAAUUCGCAUGUAAGACGCAAGGAUCUUGUUCGUCAUCUCACGAAGCGUUGCGGGAUAUCUCUAAAUGUCGCCAAACAGUUAGCUGAUAGGAUCAAGCGAGACUAA